CGAGUUCGGUUGCAUCAACACCGGUACUUAGGCGCGGACCGGCGUGUCCUUGGAAUUAGAGCGGGACGUCCGGGUUGAGAGUGGUAUCCUCAGUCUUUCGCGCGACGGAAGAGCGAUUUUAAAAUGGGUGACGUUGAGAAAGGCAAGAAGAUUUUUGUUCAGAAGUGUGCCCAGUGCCAUACCGUCGAAAAGGGAGGCAAGCACAAGACUGGGCCAAAUCUCCAUGGUCUGUUUGGGCGAAAGACAGGGCAGGCCCCUGGAUUUUCUUACACUGAUGCCAACAAGAACAAAGGCAUCACCUGGGGAGAGGCUACACUGAUGGAGUAUUUGGAGAAUCCCAAGAAGUACAUCCCUGGCACAAAAAUGAUCUUCGCUGGCAUUAAGAAGAGUUCAGAAAGGGCAGAUUUGAUAGCUUAUCUCAAAAAAGCUACUAAUGAGUAAUAGUUGGCCACUGCCUUAUUUAUUACAAAUGUCUCAUGACUUUUUUAUGUAUACCAUAUUUAAAUUGAUCUCAAACACCAGAAUUCAGAUCAUGAAAGGCUGACAGAAUGUUACUUUUGGGCAAUUCUGAUUUAAAUAAUACUGGCUUGUGGUUAAAUGAUUGGCUUUUUGAACUUUGAUGGUAAUUUUGGUUUCAGCAACUGCUAUCACUAUUUUCCCCUUCUAAAAAUAUGAUUGGACUUGGUUUGUAAUAUUGAACUUUUUGCAGAGAUGGUGCCUGCCAUCUCAAAACCUGUAGGAGGGUGGUUUUAUAUUUAGAUUUAUGUCACUGGUUAUAUAAACAUGUUUAAAUACUGAGAAAAUCCUUUCACUGUUAGAAAAGCAAGACUACCCUGUGUUUCAAAUUACUUAGCCUGUUAAAAGGCAAGAGCUGAAGAUAAGCUGGCAGUGUCCAUUUUAUCUUUUUUGGUCCUGACUAUGCCAAUUUAAUUAAAAUGUCCUGUAUCUAAACUGUUGCCUUUAACUAAUGAAA